AUGAAGGUGAAACGCCCUGUUCACGUCCCCGCUGCGAAGCCGGUCCCAACGGCGUGUUCACCCUGGGUUCUCAGAGCUUCGUUCGCCACGUUUGGCGCCCGCGCAGUGUCUUGGGCGCCGAUUGCAUCACCAGCACUGGACAGCGGAGGAGCGAACUGGGCGGUGUCAUCAGCAUGA